AGCCCUUGCUACUAUGCGACCUGCCCCCUUUAAUCGACAACAUACUGCAGUGGACAGCUAGCUGCUAGCUGGUUAACCUGUUCCUGUGUGUGAGUGCACGUUCUCCCUCCCGUGAUGGCAGCAGUUGGAAAUGCAGGUCCAAGGGCCACAGACUGUGUGACCAAGGUGGCGCUGAGCAUCUCCUGUAACAAUCUGCUUGAUAUGGAUGCCUUCUCAAAAUCUGACCCAAUGUGUGUACUUUACAUGAGCAGCUCUGGACCCCACUGGUCUGAGAUUGGCCGGACAGAACAAAUCAAGAAUUGCCUUAAUCCCAGCUUCUCCAAGACAUUUGUCAUCGACUACUACUUUGAGAUGGUGCAAAAACUGAAGUUUGAAGUGUACGACAUCGACAGUGACAGCGGCAGCCUGCAAGGUGCUGACUUCCUGGGAGAACUGGAGUGUACCUUAGGGCAGGUUGUGUCCUCAAGAAAACUAACAAGACCACUUGUCAAGAGGGACAAAACUCCUGCAGGGAAAGGAACCAUCACUAUAUGUGCUGAAGAAAGAACAGACAACAGGGUUGUGGAAUUUGAAGUUGCAGCCAGAAAACUAGAUAAAAAGGAUUUCUUUGGGAAGUCCGACCCUUUUCUGGAAUUCUUCAAGCAGACAGAAACUGGAUGGCAGCUGGCUCACAGGACAGAGGUCGUGAAGAACAACCUAAAUCCAACAUGGAAACGAUUCCGUGUCCCGCUGCAAGCGCUCUGUGGAGGUGACGUGGAAAAAUCUAUAAAGGUGGAUUGUUAUGACUACAACAACAGUGGCUCUCAUGAGAUAAUUGGAUCCUUCCAGACCACACUCUGCCACAUACAGCAGGCUUCACAGUCAUAUGCGGCCGAGUUUCAAUGCAUUAACAAUAAGAAGAAGCAGAAGAAGAAAGGAUAUAAAAACUCUGGUGUUAUCAUCAUAAAACAGUGCAAGGUGGUGAAGGAGUACACAUUCCUGGAUUACAUAAUGGGCGGCUGCCAGAUUAACUUCACUAUUGCCAUUGACUUCACUGGCUCUAAUGGAGAUCCUAGCUCUCCCCAGUCUCUCCAUUACAUUAACCCUCAUGGCUAUAAUGAAUACCUGUCAGCCAUCUGGGCCGUGGGUAACGUCAUUCAGGACUAUGACAGUGACAAGAUGUUCCCUGCUCUUGGAUUUGGUGCAAAGAUCCCUCCAACAUGGCAGGUCAGCCAUGAGUUUCCCAUCACCUUUGAUCCCUCAAAUCCAUUUUGUACAGGUAUAGAAGGUGUGGUGCAAGCCUACCAGCGGUGCCUGCCACAGGUGAAGCUCUACGGCCCCACAAACUUUUCUCCAGUCAUCAACCAUGUAGCCCACUUUGGCAGACAGGCACUGCAGCAGCCAACUGCCUCUCAAUACUUUGUUCUGCUCAUCAUCACUGACGGAGUGAUCACAGACAUGGACGAGACCCGCAGCGCCAUUGUCAACGCCUCUCGUCUGCCCAUGUCUAUCAUCAUAGUUGGUGUAGGAGGGGCAGACUUCACCGCCAUGGAGUUCUUGGAUGGAGACGAUGGAAUUUUACGCUCUGCCACGGGCGAGGCCGCCAUGCGGGACAUCGUGCAGUUUGUUCCCUUCAGGCAGUUCCAGAAUGCAGGCACAGCAGCCCUUGCGCAGAGUGUAUUGGCAGAGUUGCCUGACCAAGUGGCCUCCUUCUUCAAUUUAUUUGACCUGAAGCCCCCCAGCGAGCCCAGUUCUUCCUAGAAAUGGUCCUCAGGAAAUGCUCGCUCAGAGUGUCUUGGCUGAAGUUCCUGGUCAAGUGACAAGCUUUUUCAACACUAUGGGUUUGAAGCCGCCCAGUAGCGACAGUGAUGCACCUCUUCCUGACACCUCAGCUUCAGCACCGCUUCCUGAUGCAUCCUGAGAAUCACCUUUUCUUCUCAAUAUAACACUUUAAAUUAUCUUCAUCAGUGGAGGUGAACCACUUCAACUCUGAAAAUGGAAUCAUUUUUGCACGUCCUCUUCUUUCUUGUAGGGUUGUAAGAACAUGUGACAUCUUGACAGGUAGUUAUGAUUUGAUUUAUACAAACAACUAUCUACCAGUAUUAUUGAAGCCAUCUGUAUAAGCCAUAGUCAAACAUCUCCCAACUUUUAGUUGUCUUGCAUGUAACAUUGUUAUAUAAAUAUGGCACGUGGAUAUAGCUUUAUUUGAUAUGACUUUAUACGACUCAAGUGCCAGAAUUGUUCAUUGAUCGCUAAAUGUUAAUUUUUAUAGACGACUUUAUGUGAUCUGCUUUAUUGCUCUGUUGAAACACCUGCGAUGUGUUCCCGCUUUCAUGUCUUAAACAGACAGACAACAUUUUGGAUUUCACACUAAACUAAACAUCAGUUUCCAUUGAGAUCAGAGACACUGGUGAAAAUAUUGACUUUGCGAAACACCAGGCAAACUUCAGGAAUGUUUGCAUUUGAGAAAUGAACCGAAAACUAUAUUUUGUAAGACUUGUUCAUGCUGCUCUGCACCUUUGUCUUCAUCAGUAAAAAACAAAACAAAAAACACUUUCACUUUUUUUUUGACUGGUGCUUAAAUCUCACUGUUAAAUGUUUACACUGAUUAACAAUAGAAUUUCACUCUGUCUUAAGUGGAUAGUAAACCUAUCAAUACUGACUGUUAUGAAAAAAAGUACAUUUAGUGUAUGGUAAAAUACUAGCAUGUUUAAUAUGUGUACAUUAAGUUGUUGUACUAAUUGCUGUGUCAUUGCCUUAUAUCCAUGUCUCUUUCAUAGACUUUGAUUUUAACAGUAUUUUAUGUAAAUAAUAUGUUCAGUGGAAGAAAAGAAAUAUCAUUUUUUACUUUUACUGAUUUUAUGUAAAUUUAUAAAACAAUGUUUUAUGUUUGUGCCACCUUCUUAAUGCCAUAAUAAUUACAUAAAAAAUUUAUGUAAUUGCUCCUCAGAUUCUCAGUCUCUUCUGUGCUUUCUUGAACUUAGUAUUGAUAAGGCUGCAAAUAUUAACCAAUUAUUAAUAUAUUACGAAAGUAAUCACAAGCUAUUUUGAUCAUUUAUAAACUAGUUUGAGGUGUGUGUGUGUGUGUUUAUUUUACUAAAAUAAACUGUCUAAUUUUUCAACUUAAA